CUUUUUUUCGCGCAGGCGGUUAAAUUAAAACUCGUAAAACGUGUUCUUAUAAAACGACGUUACAAAAACCGUACAGGAGACCUUUUGAGCCAUUAAUGUAAUUGUGAGAAAUGUAAUGUCUCGCAUACUGAGGCAAUCCCCAAGGCGGGGCCUCCGACCUUUACGAGAACGACUCAACGUUGACAAUGUAGAGAACACCAGUCCAGUCUCAAGCGAUGCUGAUGCAGAUCCAGAUAUGCCUGUUGCUCAGAUGAAAAACAUAUUCGAACAGACUCCCAAAGUGAGACCUCCAGUAACAACACCCCGUCAUCAUCAAGCCCCUCUGCAAAAGAACGUUGCAGUCCAAAAAAGGUGGGGGAAGGAUGCAACAUCGGUGAAGAACAGACUCGAGAAGACCAUUUUGGGCGGAGUAACAGAUGAUGAUGAGAAGCAGGUCAGCCCUAGUCUGAGACAACUCAGGAUGACACCAGGAAGGGCUUUGCAGAAGCAGAAAAUUCUUGAGCGUAAACACCACGAGGCCAAAUCUCGAGCCCACACCCUUGGUAUCGGUGGCGGAAUCAGCCUGUGGCCACAGAUGGAGAAUAUGAGGUUGACCCAGCGGCAAGUAGCAGCAUUGACGGGUGUUUCUGCAGCGCUGGUCGUGGGCGUUGUGUUUCUCUUUCACUAUUUACAUGGAGCUGUAUUGGAUGGCUUAAGAUCCUACUACAGACAACUUUCAAGUUUCCCACAGAGGAACAGGAUUGACCCCACAGGCCAAGAGAAGUUUGACAAGUCUGUCCUAGCCUGGCAUAUGGCAUUCACAAACCUAAUGGAUUCACUACAUGGAGAUUUUGACACCCAGUGGCCGAAGACUCUAGGGAUGUACCAGAUGUGUGCGAUAUUCUACAUCAUAUUCAUUGGUCUCUUACUGUACUAUCUAGCUGAUAAUAUGCUGACCACGAGCCGCUUGACACCUCAGAGGAUCAAGAUAUGGGUGUCUCUAUUGGUUGUUACUGGUGUGUGGAGUAUACUAAUGAUGUAUCUACUUGUCAAAGCACAGCAACUGGAGAUCAAAGUCGAGUCGACUGUACACUCUCUAAGCGAUCAUUUGAGUGAUUUAGUCUUCUUGGACCUGAAUCUUACACGCUACAAAGAUGUCCUGAUGUACUGGAGGAUACGUUGCCUUCCCCCUACGACCACGGGUACACUCAGCAUCAUGGGAUUCCUCCAGGUACGAGACGUUGCAUACUACCUGCAGUAUUACAGUCUGCCUGUGUUGACGGUACUACUAACUCCAGUGGUACGACUUGUGUUAGCAGUCAAGGAGGUCUACAGUACAAGCAAAUCCAAGUAACUUUGAAACUUGGCUUCUUUCAUCAUCGGGAACAUUGCAUUUUGGAUAGAAUGCAGAAGCGCAUUGGUGAUCUCAUUGGUGGAGUGUUAGGAUCAACAGUCUGCCUGUGUUGACAGUACUACUAACUCCAGUGGUGCGACUUGUGUUAGCAGUCAAGGAGGUCUACAGUACAAGCAAGUCCAAGUAACUUUUGAAACUUGGCUUCUUUCAUCAUCAGGAACAUUUCAUUUUUGAUAGAAUGCAGAAGUGCAUUGUUGAUCUUGUUGAUGAAGUGUUAUGAUCAACAGUCUGCCUGUAUCGACGGUACUACAGUACUAACUCCAGUGGUACGACUUGUGUUAGCAGUCAAGCAGGUUUACAGUAUUAGCACGUUUAAGUAACUCUAAAACUGGGCUUCUUUCACUUGGAACGUUUCAAAUUAGAUUAAUGCAGAGGGUAUUGUUAAUGUUGUUGAUGGAGUGUUAUAGUGUCUGCCUGUGUAGUCUACAGUACAAGCAAGCCGAAAUAACUUGAAACUUGCCAUCUUUCAUCAGGAACAUUUCAUUUUAGAUUGAGUGCAGAAGAAUAUUGUUGAUCUGCUGGUGGAGUGUUAGCAUCGUCUUCUGACUGCUUUCUCCUAAAGACGAUCAAAGCAUACUGAUCGAAAUGUUGAGUUAACAACAUCGGUUCUUUUUCAGAACCAACCAAAGAUAUUUUCACCUUAACAUGCAUGUAUGCUUCGUUUUUGAAAGGGCAAGGGCUCCAAGGCAUUUUCUCCUUGGUAAAGGGCACUCUCUGA